AUGGGCACCAUCAUCGAGUUCGAGCUGACUCUCCCCGGGCCGCGGUGCGAACGCAGCCAGGACCCCCCAGCCCGGUGCGCAGCGCGCCCUCCCCCGCGCCAUCGGGGCCCCUGGCGGCCCAGGCCCUCCCCGCCUCCGCGCGCGGCCCUCCGCGGCUGGAUGCCCGGGGCUGCUCCGGCUGCGGGCGGAGGGGCUCCCGGGGCUUCAGGCAAGGCGGCGGGGAGCCGGGGGGCGCCGGCCCAGCUGGGGCAGAGGACGCACGCGGCCGGCCGGGCGGCGCGCGCUUUCCCCUCCCCCGCGGCCCGGAGCGCGAGCCGCCGUGACGUCAGGGGCCGCCCGCCAGCCCAGCGCUCCAGCGGGCAGAGCGCGUGCGGCCGCCGAGCACAUGGGCCCGCGGGCCGGGCGGACUCCGGGCGGCGGGGCCCGGGGGAAGGGCGAGGGGCCGCGAGCGAGGAUGAGCCCCGGCACGCCCCCGCCCCGGACCCCCUCGAGUGGAUUUCCACGCGGAAAGGAUGUUGGCGGUCCCGGUGA